AAAAAAACACAGUUCAGUCUAACUUGAAUUGCUGAUGAACUGGUCUUGCUGGAAGAUGUACGCAUCAAAAAUGAAGUUCGUCUAUGCUGUGUGCAUCUGGAUUUGUCUGUCAGGGUUUGACCAUUCAGCUGCUGAUGAGAUUAUCAUAAAGAAUCAUGAAGGAGAUCAAGUCACAAUUACCUGUACUCAUUUUUGGGCUUCAGAUAACAAGAAGUAUUUCUGCAGAGAUCCAUGUAAUAAUAAAGAUAUUCUAGUAUCAUCUGAUCAGACUUCUAAUGGGAGAAUAAGACUGAAGGAUUUGGGGAAAGGAACGUUCACAGUGACCAUCACUGAUCUAGAGGAGUCAGACUCUGGGAUUUACUGGUGUAGAGUGAGAAGAUUGGUUCAAGACACAUAUAACAAGGUCAAUCUGAAAGUAUAUAAAGUUUUUCCACAGGAAACUUCAUAUAUACAGAAUCUCCUUGACCAGCUAGAGAAAAUUACAGUUCUCGAUUUAACGAAUGUUACCAUGGACAUGGACAAGGUUUUCAGCACUUCAGAGAAGAUAAACACAUCAUCAGAUGACCCAAAGAAACAAGCGUCAGAUGUGUUAAAAGUCAGUGAGAAGCUUGUGUCAACGUUGGUGAAGUCAACAAACACCUAUGCCAAUGUCAGUUUCACUCGUGCAGCUGUGGAGGCACACGUGUUUGUGGUUGGACCACAGGCCAACCUUGAUAAAAUCCCUCAGCUCAACACAUUAAAUGCUUCUAUAGACAUUGAUCUUAUUGGGAUCGCCAGGAACAAUUUGAAUUUAGGAUCAGCUGCCGUGGCUUUCAUGAGCUACAGCACAAUGGAGGACCUACUGAAACCAGACUUUUUCAACACAUCAGAUAACACAGUUAAAACCAUGAUGUCCACUGUCAUCUCUGCUACUCUUCCUAAAACCACCAACAAAACCCUCACCAAACCAGUCAACUUCACCCUCAGACACAUCAGAAAAAUAAACGACAGUGGAAAUCUUUCCUGUGUGUACUGGAACAUCAGUGAGUGGAUUGUAGAUGGUUGUUCUGUUGUAAAGAUCAACAGCAGCUACACCGUGUGUUCAUGUGUUCAUCUGUCAACAUUCGCUCUCAUCAUGCAAACCAGCAGAAGCCCAUCAGAGGAUAAUAGUCAGCCGAUGGAGUCGAUGAAUAUGGUGUUUGUGAUCGUGUGUCUGGUGUUUACUAGUUUGGCUCUGUUGACUUUUGCUUUCUGUCGAUGGAAACCUGGAGUGAACAAUGUAGCUCGAAUCAACCUCUGCAUCAGUCUGCUGUCUGCUCAUCUUCUGUUCUUACUCACACAACAAUUCAUCAAUCUCAUAAAACCUCACAAGGAGUUGUGUGCUGUGAUAUCAGGAGCUCUUCACUUCUUCUUUCUCUCCUGCUUUGUGUGGAUGUUCAUUGAAGCUGUGCUGCUCUUCAUCUGUGUGAAGAACAUAUCACAGAUCAGCUCAAGACAGAGGGCGAUGCUUAACAAGGGAUUCUUGAUUGUGAUUGGUUAUGCGAUUGAUUUUGUUAUAGUGGGCGUGUCUGCUGGACUGGUUCCUGAAGGCUACGGCAGUGAAAAAUGCUGGAUUAAAGUGGAGAGAGGCUUCAUCUGGAGUUUUUUGGGACCUGUUUGCUUCAUUCUUGCAAUAAACAUGAUUCUCUUCAUCAGUAUCAUCAUCAGUCUGAACUUAACUCUCAAAAAUCUCAACCUUGACGUUUCACACAUCAGACAAACCAAGAUUACGGUUUUUAAAACUCUAGCUCAGUUUGUGAUUUUUGGUUGUCCCUGGUUUCUGGGGUUCUUCAUUACUAACAGUAAGAUGAUCGAGAUUCUCUUCCUGAUCCUGAACUCACAGCAAGGAACCUUCAUCUUCCUGGUCUACUGUGUCCUCAAUAAUGAGGUCAGACAGCAGUAUGUGAAGUGGAUGAGAGCUGUCUUUCCCGGACAUCGAACCAAAUACCCUAUAAGUUCUCCCCACCCAAAAAACUGAGGCCCAGAUAAUUCAUGUUUAGUAAAUUGUAAUGUGUGUGUUUUAUUUUAAGAGGGCAAAUAUACAGUGCAUAUAAUCGAGUUAAUUUGUGUUGUUUUUCAUAUUUUAUUUACACAUUUAUCAUUUUUAUAUCUCUUAUGAACUCUUAUUAUGUGUCAAACUAUAUUAUAUAGCAUGGUACCAUAAUGUCAUUAAUUGUCUAUUAACUAUGGAUUGUAUAGGAACACUGAGAAAGGAACUGUUCAGAUUAUUUAGUAAAUGCUUUGUUCAUUUUACAAUGAUUAUGUCUCUUAUAUGCCUGCUAUAGGCCUAUUCUCUGGGCUGGUAAAUGAGAUUUAGCAAAAUUAUUCUUUUUUUGUCAGUUUUUUAAUUCUUCUAGGAAAGCUAAAUGACCUGUUAUUGCAUUGAGAGCAUCUUGACCAGAUGCACAGUGUGAAAUGAUAGCACCAUAGAAACAAACUUCAAGAGCCUGUGGGAUAAAAACUGCAGAGAGGAAGGCUGAAUCCGAAACCGAAUACUGCCAUACUAUAUAGGAGGCAAAAAUCACUAGGCGAAGGAAUAGUAUGCCCGAAAACUCAGUAUACGUAGAAUGGUAGACGAGAAUUACCAUGAUUUUGGACUAUUUCUCGCGAGAUUCAGAGGCACGUGUACUUAAGUAGGGUCCGAAACCGCCUACUUACCUACUAUAUAGUAGGAGAAACAGUACGUGAACAAAGUAGUACACAGUAAAAUCCCUGGUGUUAAAUAAACACUGCUUGGUGUAUAUAUAAUCCACACAGAUGGGUGUUUAAAAAAGACUGGUGUUAAAAAUUUUACACUGAAUCAGUGUUAAAGUUAAUGAGAUAAUGAAGUGACGAUUCAGAAAUUAAUGGUGAACACCUGCUGGAUCAUUCUGUGUCAAAUCAACUACAUUUUGGAAAUUUUUCUGGAAAUUUUUUCUGGAGAAAGUAAUACUAAAAUGAUGAAGAAAGACAAAAUGCAAUAGAUGAAUACAGCAAAAUCCCCAGUAUUAAAUGAACAUCAUUGGGUGUAUGACUCCAAAAGCUGCAAUCUUUCACAUUUGCCUCUCUUUCAUCAUCUUUGUUUAAAAAACUAAAAUUAUAACUUGCAGCUUUAUUUUCUAAACCAGGAUGAUAAGUUUAACUUCUUAACUGCUGUCAGAACAAAAUACAAGUGCUCAACUAUUCCAGCAUCCACACACAUGAUUUAGUAGACAAAUCUUCUUUCUGACGUGAUGUAAUCAGAGAAUGUAUCACAUUAUGGGCCCUAUCUUGCACCCAGCGCAAUUGACUUUGUCA